AUGAGCCAGAUCGGCGUCGUGGCGGAUCCGGCGGGCGAUGGGCCCGUGGCUCCCGGCGCGGUAAAGGGCGAACCGCCGUCCGCGUCGCAGCCCGGAGCCGAGGCGAACGGGGCGGCGGACACGCCCGUCAAGGUGGAGGUCCCCAAGGAUCAGAUCAGGUUCCCGGAGGUGCCGGGAACGACGUUAUCGCUGCGACUCCUCGACGACUUCGAGAUCAGGGACAAGCGCGACGAGGGCAAGAUGGUCGGGCUCGAGACCAGCCGGAUCGCCAACGUCGUCGUCUUCGGCAAGGCGCGCAAGGUGGUGGGCGGCGAGCACGAUCGCCCCCACGAAGUCCUCUCGGGCUCGAAAGCAAUGACCCCGCUGGACAAACCGCCGCACCCGCUCAAGCUCUCCGAGGUGCUCGACUGGACCGUGUCGUACGCCGACCCACCGUGCGUGUGGCUCGUCACGUUGCGCGCGUGGUACAGGCUCGGCAACCCCUCCCCCGCGUACCUACGCACCUUUGCCGGGAUCCAACGACGAACGCGUUUCGUCCGCGCCGUCGCCGCGAAACUUCGGCAAAACUUUGAUCUCUCGUGCGACGCCGCGCUGGACGCGAUGGCGGCGUGCGAUGUCGUGGAGGGAGACCUGCUGGAUCCGACGUUCCGGGGCGCGCACGCGGCGAACGUGGCGGCGAGAGAGGCGGCGAGGGCGGAGGCGGAGAAGGCGGCGAGGGAUCGCGGUUUAACGGGCGGCGCGAUCAGAGCCGCCGGGGAUGCCGCGGAGCGCACCGCGGAGCAGACACCGUUGCGGUACACCCGACGCGCCGUGAUGGAGGACGCCGCGUUCGUCGCGGCGCAGAUCGAGGGUUUGCGAAAGAGCGGCGGGUUGGUGCCCGGGGAACUCUUGGCUCGACCCGCGUGCGUCGAUGACCUCCGAACGAUUCUAGCCAAGACGCGGAAGGAGGAGGCGGUGGCGGAGAGGCGCGCGCGGUCCAACGCCGCGCGCGCCGCGCAGCGCGCCGCGCUGCGCGAACGGGAGAACGCCAAGCGCGCCGCCGCGGGUGUGCCCAUCAACACCAACAAACCGUUGUCUCAGAUUGAAAAGGCGAGGCUCGCGAUGGCGGAUCUUCCCCCGCGAGAACCCCGCACCGCGCCGCCGCCGCCCGCGGAGGGCGUCGUCCCGGACGCGUACGGCGCUCCGCACGCGCUCAUCAACGAGACGCUCACGCUGUGGGACCUGACGCAGACCCACGGCGGGUACCUCAAGCUCCCGCCCUGCCCGUGGUGGCGAUUCGCUCGAGCGUUUCUGGAACCGAGACCGGAUGGAACCGGAGCUACCUCCGAGACGACGGAUGGUGACGCGUCGUUCGCGGGGGUCCGGCCCUCCGACGCGGCGCUGGUUCGCGACGUGUGCGUCGCGCUCGUCAGGGUUGCGGAGGGGUACGGUCCCGCCGGCUUUGGCGCGCGUAGACUCGUCGCCCCCGCGAUGUCCAAGUCCGUCUCCAAGCUCGAGGAACCCGACGAUUUGCGAAUGCUGGACUGGGCAGAGAGGGUCGGCGUCACGCUCAGCGUGUACUCGCAGGGAAUCGACGGCGCGUCGGGUAACUCGUGGCCCUCCGAGGCUGUGCGCGUCGGCGCCACCGCCGCGGCGGAGGUGCUGUCCAAAUCCGCCACCGGCGACGGCGUCGCCGCGGCGGCGGCGCUUCGACCGGCGGAGCGGGUCGCCCUCGCCGCGGCGCUCGCGUGCGUCGCGUGCGAUAACGAGACGUUCGGGAGCUACCUCCGCGACCGCGUGGACGACUUGCACGCCGCGCACAGGCUCGGGAAGCUUCGCCUCGCGCCGAGCAAGGCGAGGCCCAAGCCGCCCGCGGACGUCGCGCAAAUUUCGUCAAUCGCGACGACGGCGCCCGGGGAUGAAAACGGCGUAACGCCCGAAAACGGUGUAACGCCCAACGAUCCCGCGGACGCGGACGCGGCGGUCGAGAAGGAGGCGGCGGACGCGGAGGCGGCCAAGAAGCCCGCGCGGGUUGGGCCGACCCGCCCGGAUUGGGCCGAGUCACUGAUUGAGUGGUGCGGCAAAGCGGCGGACAGGGCGGUGUACCUCAGAUCCCGGCCGAUCGCCAGGGACGAAACCGGCAGGAGGUACUUCGUCCUCGGAGGCGCCGCGGGGGCGAACAUGGUCUUCCUGGAGGAACCCUCCCAAACGGAGACGGAUGAGCGACGCAAGGAGGAGGAGGAGGAGAGGGAGGAGGAGGCCAAGCUCAAGGCUGAAGAAGCCGCCGACGACGCCAACGACGACGCCGUCGAGGCCAAGGAGGCGGCGGCCAGGGCCAAGGCUGAGCUCCGCGUCAAGCAGGUGGCCGCCAAGUCCCGCGCGUGCAUCCUCCGCGGCAAGGCUAAGGACAAGCGCAUCGCCGCCGCCGGAGAGUUUGGCGACUGGCCCACGCGAUGGAGGUGCUACAAGCCGGGCGUUGGCCUGAAGCGCCUCAGGGACUGGCUCGACGACGACCCGCGGAACCCGCGCGGGGGCGAGGAGAAGCGCCUCAAGUCCCUCUCCGCGCUCCUCGUCAAGGCGGCGAGCCACGACAAAAAGGGGGGACCAAUUCCCGGCGACGUCGACACAGCCGGCGGACCCAUGUCGCAGCAGCCGGCAACCGAUGGGGAGAAGAGAAAGUUCGACUGGGACGCGCUCGCAAAGGAGCUCGGCAUCAACGUCGACGGCUACGCGCACCUCGACGACCCGGACUCGAGGGACGCGAAAGAAGUGCUCGUCCCCGAGGCUGAGCAGCGCGACGCCGCCGCCACGGCGCUGUGCUCCGUGGUUCGACACGUCUUAUCGAGCGUCACCGCCUUUUGGAAGCAGAAACCCCCGUGGCUGUUCGCGUGCCUCAACCUGCUCUCCGCGCUGCCCGAUUCACUCGGCACCGGCAACGCGGGCGUCGGCGCCGCGGACGCUGCGGGCGAUAGGCUGUCCGUCCUGGUCGCGAGGGUCAUGCCGCCGCUCGAGGCGAUGCUGAGGGCGUCCCAAGCGCUGUCCGACGAGUGGCUGGAGCGACGCGAGGCGUGGUUCACGGGCCUCCGCGGCGCCGAGGAUUUCGACUUACGGGUGCCGCCGCCCGAACUGAUGAGCUACGAGGAGGCGGAGGCUGCGGUCGCGAACGCCGCGGCGGUGGCGGCCGAGGCUAUCGAGUUUUCAACCACCGACGAGGCUCUCGACUGCGCCGUCAAGCUCAGCGUGGCUCGGUCCGCCAGACUCCUCGCCACGCUGUGCGCGGCUAUCAAGAACGACCCGCACAGGCUGACGCACGACGGCUUCCUCGCCGCCACACCGCCCGCGGCGCACCCGGGCAUCGCCGCGUGCCGGCCCGGCGCCACCGUCGCGCUCCUCCGCAAGGGUAUGAAGCUCACCCGCGACCGGUACCUGGAUCCGAGAGCGACGCCCGAGGGAUGGAUCCCGCUGAAGGAGCUUCGGCCGGUGGAGCGCGCGGUGGUUCGCGCGGUGGCGUACCGGGGCGGAAUCCCCGCCCCACCCGGCGCCGACUACGCGGGCACGCCGCCGUGCUGCUGGGUCCUGCUCGAGCUCCUCGACCCGCCGUUGGAGCAAGUCGCGCGAGGGAGCCGGUGGCGAAAGCCCGAGGCGACGCCGUCGUCGUUCGGAGGCCCGCGGCUGGUAUCCGCGCCCGUGUUCGCCGGCGGGGAGAUCGCCGAUUACAUCAUCGACUGGGACCGGUACGACAAGUCCGCGAACAGGCCGUGGUCGAAGGGCGCGAGGAUCGUCAUGGAGUUUGACGACGGCACCGUCGACGUGGACGCGCCGGGCGCGGUGCAGAUCAUCGCGCCGCAGCCGUUACAGCCGUUACAGCCGCCGGCAGCCGCGAACCCGGAGGGAUCCCCCGCCGACGGCGCGGGCGAUCCCGCGGCACCCGCGCCGAUGGAGGUCGACGGCGCGACGCCCACGCCCGCCGCCGCCGUCAAUGUCAAUGUCAACGUCCCGCCCGGCGAGCUCAUACCCGGCAAGACGGGCAUAAUCAUGGGCGAGAACGGCAAGGAGUUCUGGCUCGGUCGCGUCCACCGCGUCCGCGGCGGCGACGACCCGUGGGAGAACACCAUGGUCGUCUUCGACUCGGAUCCCGACGGCGAUGAGCCCAUGUGGGUGUGCCCGUGGGAGAUUGAGCUCGCGCCGGAGAAGUAUCAGCCCAAGGAGGAUCCCGCCGCGAUCGGCGCGGCUACGGGCGCGGCCGACGACGACGACGACGACGAGCGAAGCGCGGAGAAUCAGCUCAAGGUGGACACCGGCACCGAGAUCGCCGAGCGGCUCGGAUGGCCCCACGGCGUCGCCGCCGCGAGGGAGGAGUUCAACAACUGGCGGAUGACCGCCGCGGGGGUGGAGCGCCUUCCCCGGGCGCCCACAUUCGCGGGCGCCGAGCUGGACCUCUACAAGGUGCUCGUGGAGGUGAUGUGCCGGGGCGGGUACGAGCUGGUGACGAACGAGAAGCGCUGGAAGACCAUCGCGAAGCUGGCGUGCCCCGGCAAGGACCUCACCACGCAAACCUCCGCGUCCUUCGCGCUGCGCACCAACUACCAGAGGUUUCUGCUGGACGUGGAGAGGUGGCUGUGGGAAAACGCGGACACGUUGGGACCGCGCCCGGAUGCGUUCACGCCCGCGGAGUACGACGGGGAGCACGCGGAGUACGACGCCGACGGGGCCGUCGGCGGGGCCGCGGCCGCUAAUUCCGCGAAGGUAACGUUCACCAUGAACAAGAAGUACGAGGGGGACGACGACGGGGACGAGUCUGAGAAGGCGUCGGAUGAGGGCGACGAGGGCGCGCCGGAGGGCGAGGAGGAUUACGUGGCGGACGAGGACUCGGACGAUGGCGACGACGAGGACGAGGACGACGAUGACGACUCGGACGAGGACUUCAAGAUGGUGUGA